AUGUCCGAACCGUCGGCUAGCAAAGCGCCCGCGACGGCGCCAAAGGCAGACACCGCUAGUACGCCUACGCCCACUGGCGGUGUAGCCGAGGCUGCCAGUCCUGCUCCCGCGAGCCCGCCAGCGCCUGAAACCGCGACCACGGCGACCACGGCGACCACCGCGGCACCAGGCGACGGCGAUAACGCGCCGUCAUCGAGCAUCUUGCCCGCGUCGCAUUGGGCUCAAGCACCAGCGCCGCAGGUAGAUGAUGGCCAGUCCGAUGUUGAUUCGGCCUACGGCGACGACAACGCCAGCUCAACCGCUUCACUGUCGGCCAGUAUUCUCGAGUACCGGACAGUCCACGGCCGCACGUUCCAUAGCGAACGCGGCAAUGCUCAGUCCUGGAACCCCAACGAUGCGCAGCAUGAUGAGUCUAUGGACCUUCUGCAUCACGUCUCGACUCUGCUCCAGGGCGGAAACAUCUUCUUGGCCCCGAUAGACGAUGGUGUUCAAAAAGUACUGGACCUUGGCUGUGGAACUGAACUAACAAUGGCCAGCGACUUCGCCGAUCAGUAUCCAGGGGCCGAGGUCAUCGGAGUCGACAUCUCACCGCAGCAGCCCCAAUGGGUCCCCUCCAACUGUAAGUUCGAGAUCGACGACAUCACCAUGCCUUGGACGUAUGCGCCCAACAACUUUGACUACAUCCACAUGAGAUGGCUGGUCGGCGCCAUCCCAGACUGGGAUACCUUGUUCAAGGAGGCCUUCAAGUCUAUAAAGCCAGGAGGCUACUUUGAGUCCGUCGAGGCCUCCCCGAUGAUCACCAGCGACGACAACACCGUCCCCCACGGAUGCGCCCUUGAUCAAUGGGGUCGCGUGUUCUGGGAAGCCGGCAAGACAUUCGGUCGCAGUUUCAAGGUACUCGAGGAGGGUCUCCAGAGGAAAGCCAUGGAGGCUGCGGGCUUUGUCGAUAUAAAGGAGCACAACUUCAAGACGCCGCUGGGCAGCUGGCCGGCCGAUCCCAAGAUGAAGGAGAUUGGCCAGUUCAAUGCGCUCGCACUGGAACAGGACAUCGAAGGGUUCAUUGUCUACAUGUGGACCACCGUCGUCGGAUGGUCCAAGGAAGAGAUCUCGGUCUACGCCGCCCACUUGCGCCGCGAGUUGCGCUCAACCGAGUUCCACGCCUACUACCCCCAGAAGGUGCUAAUUGGGCGCAAGCCAGCGGCAGGAGAAGCGUGA